AUGAAUAUACAUUUAUCAUACAAAGUAAAUACUGAGAUAUGUUCAUACACUACUACUACUACUACUACUACUACUACUACUACUACUACUACUACUACUACUACUACUACUACUACUACUACUACUACUACUACUACUACUACUACUACUACUACUACUACUACUACUACUACUACUACUACUACUACUACUACUACUACUACUACUACUACUACUACUACUACUACUACUACUACUACUACUACUACUACUACUACUACUACUACUACUACUACGAUUGCGACAAGCACUACGACUACUAUGACUAGUGGAAUGUUUAAUGUAUGA